ACAAUACGAUAUCUUGAUAAGCACAAUCGGUCGAUUAGAUAAGAUACGUGGUCGCUGUGGCUCAGCUGAUCAUAUCAUGUUACUGCAUUGUCUGCUCGUAUUGUCUAUAUUCAUCCAUCGACAUGUCUGUGACGAGUUCACUUCAGAGUCUAUUUCAGUGCCUGAAGGGACAAGCGAAGAGCCUUCCUCUACUUCGGUCUCAGAAGCUGCUACCGUUGAAAGCGGUUCCACUGCUGAACCUGUUACUGCAGAACCAGUUACUUAUAAACCGUUGAAACCCCGAGGGUUGCGUGGACGUCGGGGCCGGAGAGUCCGGGGUUACUACGACCUACUCAACCAGAACAGAGCCUACAGACCCCAGCCGGUGUACUACAACCCCUACGGGUACAACCCGUACUACGGUUACCCAGGGUACCCUCAGUCGGCGUACUACGGUGGUUACUACCCCCAGCCAGAGGCAGCCCCAGCACUUCCCCCCACUACGGAGACAGCUCCUGAGUUGUUCUACGUGCAGAAGUCGGACACAGCUGAUGGCCAGUACCAGUACAGGAAGAUGGUCGUGAAGGACACGGGACCUAGGAAACCCAGAGCGACCAGGUGGCCACAGCAAGGUUACGGUCAAGUACCUCAAGGUUACAAUCAAGUACCUCAAGGUUACAAUCAAGUCCCUCCAGGUUACGGGCCAGCCGCGCAAGGUUAUGGCCAGGCACCUCAAGGUUACAGCCAAACCCCACAAGGUUACGGUCAGGCGCCCCAAGGUUACGGGCAAGCGCCUCAAGGUUACGGUCAAACACCACAGGGUUACUAUAAUUACCCCUACGACCCAUACAACAGACGACCACCUCACCAGUACUACCAACCCCAUGUUUACCAAUACCCUCAGCAACAGGGGCGGCCUUACUGGGGGCAACAGUCUCGGGGCCCCAGAGGCCGCCCCAGGCCCCCACCCCCUCUUAGAACCUCCCCUUCCUCUUCAUCCUGGAGACUAACCACAGCGUCUCCAUCCCGCCCUGACACGUCCGAGCUACCUUCCACCCCCCCACUCACCACAGAGACCACAUGAAAUUAAAGGAUUUUUUACUAUGUUUUA